AUGCAACAUGCUAGAUCAACAAACGCUUCGACUAACAAAGCGCAAAGUACCAAUACAGCAAUCAUACAAUCGAAUGUUUCUCUGGGGCGCAUGAGUGCCAACCAUUCAAGUAUAACAGUGGGAUCGAGGCAUCCUAUAUCAAACAAUCAACUUUUAAUCAACAAAUCGUCUGGAGCUUCCAUAGUGGUAAGCCGCCACAAUAACCACAACAUUGAAUCAACAAAGCGGGAAUUAUCUACUUUACAAAAAAUUAACAGUAACACCGAAGAGUCUAGGGCCGUUAUUCAAUUGAAUCUUUGGUUUCAUGAAAUCCGUACAACACAUGAAGAUGUAUUGAUUGAUUCAAAUGCGUUUCCUGGUGGUGUUGCAUCAGGACAAGUGUAUGAACUACAAAGUUUAGAGUCACAAUUACCCAAGAAAUUAGUGUUCAAGUUAACUCCACGAAAUAUUCGAGAGCAUCAAGCAACACCUGAAUUGAAACCAUUAGAUGCCAGACUGAAGCAACAACAAUCACAAUCACAAUCACAAAUAUCACUUCAGUCAAACCCAUUUCAAAGAUUAUUAGACAUAGCCCCAAGGAGUGUUGUCCUGGUACGACGAGUCACAAAUUUGGAUGCAGUCGUUAUAGAUUCAAUGGAAAUAUUUAUCAAAGAUAUAAAUCUAUCUAGAGAUGCCAUGUGGCAAUUUUCGUCGUCCUUGGUUGGAAGCUGCUGCUACACCGAACAAAGACUCUCCUUUCUCAACAACAGAACUGGUGUUGUUCGAUACAUGUACAAGAAUGGAAAGAAAGUAUUUUCAGGCUACAUCAACAAAGAAACUAAAAUAAUUUAUAGAAGUGAAAGUGCUAAGCUUACAGUACUCAUUCAGCUAUCGAGAGAAAUGUGGAAUUUCGAAGAAAGUGGUGAAAUCAUGUUUCAUAAGUUGGUGAACAAUUUAUUUCCUAAAAUAUUUCGACGUUGGAGAGACAAGGGCACUCAUCACUCAAUAACAAUUGUAUUAUUUACUAGUGUGGAUCUCACAAAUGUUCCGUGGACAAACCUUCUACCUGGAGAACGUCCUUCCCAGCGACGUGAUUAUUUUAGGGUGGUUGUGGACCAAGUGAAUAUUGUGCAUUGGGACCGAAUUAUGGCAAAUUUAAGACUCGAAUUUGCAAAUUUCAAACGUGAUUGCAUGUUGAACCCUGGUAAGGACUCGAAGUACGUGUUAGAGGGUCAAAUGUUACCUUCAGUGAAAGGAAACUUCUUAGAGGCUGUGAAUGUGGCGUUAGUGCUGUUUAACGAUCGCUUCAGAAACACAGAUUUGAAACAUUCACUUAAUCAUUUUAUUCUCAUUACACCAGGUGCGGGAUUGUUUGAUGUUGACUACAAUUUACUCCUUGAGACUAGUAAGAAAAUGUCGACUAUUGAUACCACCCUUGAUAUUGUGUGCUUGAGUCAACCACCUUUACACGUCACACCAUUAUUUCGAUUCAUCAAGGACGGAAGAGUUAGCUAUUGUGUGCCCAUAUGGUGUGACAUCUCCUUUUUCAAGGAAAAACAGGAUGACUCCUCACAAUGGAUUCCAAGAUGUAAGAUCUAUGAAUUACAAAUGAUGGGUGUGAUGGAGAACGAGGCCAGUGAUGCACGUAUAUCACGGUUGUAUUUGAAGCAACACGGUGACUCCUUGAUUGAGUCGAUGGAAAAGUAUGAUGAGUCUAUUUUUCUGUCCAUACAAAGGAAGGAAGAGCCAAAAAUGGAGUUCAACAUUCCCGAACCAAAAUUCAAGGCACCAUCCAUAAAAGACUCUAAAGCAACAUUGUCUUUGAUUUUCAAUGACAGAACUUCACUUCUACCGGCAAACAGCUUAACCACUAACUCGGCUGCAGUAGGGACUGUAGCUCAUCCUGCUGGGGAAACUUCUGCGUUAUCAAGAUUGUACAAUAUCAACAAGUUCAGUGAAGAAAAGGCACCCGCUUCACCGACGGCACUGUUAAGAAGUGUUCCAAGGACAAUACAAGGUAGCCAAAUUGAAACUUAUCGAAAAGACUCACAAUCUCCAAGAAUAAUCAAAGCUGAAACUUUAUUCUCCAAAAGAGAUGACAAACCUCGCAAGCAGUACAAUGAACCAAAAUUAACUGCAAGAGAGAAGUUUUCCUCCAUCACAGAAACACAAGAGACACCAGAGCAUAAUUCCCUCUGGAUUGAAAUUCUAAACCCUUCAAGGGAGAUCACUAAUAAUGUUCUUCAAAAGUCAAGUGUUAGUAGAUGGAGUAACCUUUUCCCAGACAAGAUCCAACGUAAAUUGAUCAAAUGGAGAUCUUUUCAAGCACCAGCAGCGUUGCCCAUAACCACAGGAGUAUUUCCUAGUCAACAGCAACUACAACUGAAAUACACGUUUCAAAAUUACUCGGUAUACUUGAACAAUGAAAAUUACCUAGAAUUGCAAACAACUUCAGAACUAAUGAGAGAAAUGAUUCAAUUGCGAUUGAUGUUGGGCUUUCAAAUUUGUUACGGCAAUAGUGUAAAAAAAGCAGAGGUUGAGAGAAAGCCAGCCGGAAAUGCUGAGUCCAUUAUCAAAUAUUUCCCGGACAAUAAUUACCUCGGAUCAAGGAUAUAUAUGUCCAUGGAUGAUGAAAUCCACCGUAUAUUUUGCGACUACAAUGGUAAUUUGAAUGUUCAACUAUAUCGGAAAACUAUUAAUGACGAAGAGAAAAAGAUUACGCUUGGCCAACGCAUUUCCCAACCAUAUUUUCCAUUGAUUAGAACAAGAUACGCGGAUGACUAUUCCCCAUCACAGGUGGAUGCAAUUGCACAGUAUCCACAAAAGUAUAACUGGAAUCAGUUUGAUCAGUUUUUGGCAGGAUUUGAUGAUGCAUUACCUGACGACAAAAAGGAAUUUCAUAAAAUGAAAUUUGUUGUCAUGCCUGCCGAAAUUCCCAAAAAUGCAUACUAUUUGAGUAAUGAACACUUGAAUGCCGAAGAAAUAAGGGUUGAAGGAUUAAGAAAAUUGAUAGCAGUGAUUGAAAAGGGAACCUACAAGAAGGAUCAGAACAAGCCAAAAACUGCCGACAGGUUUUCUGAUGUCAAUUUCUACACUGGAAAUCUAUACGACUUUUUAUCAAACGAAGCAGAGAACUACGAUAUCACUGGGAAUCAGCCGACAUUGAUGAUACCUGAGCACAUGCGUUUCAACAAGAGUAUAAAAUUGUCCGAAUUGGCGCUGGAGUUACAAAACCCACAAUCAGGGUUGAAGCUUGUCGACAGAACGUGGCAUUUCAAAAAGCAUUUGCUGUGUUUUAUUGGAAGUGAGCUUGUGACAUGGCUUGUUGACUGUUUUGAAGACAUCGAUACGCGAGAAGCAGCAGUAAGUUAUGGACAAAACCUUUUGAGUAAAGGUGUCUUCAAACAUGUCGAGCUGAGACACGGUUUUAUUGAUGGGUAUUACUUUUAUGAAUUUGAAGAGGAGUAUUUUGAAAAGAUAGACAAGGUGAAUCGAGGUUCCUGGUUUAGUAGCAGCGCCAAGAAAGAGGGUUCGGUUGCAUCCAAAUCUACAUCGUCUCCGAAGAUACAAGGACAAGAGGGUCUUGUCAAGGUUAUUUCUUCCCACAACAUUGGUUCAGAAGCGUCAUCGAUGGCAGACUCAACUGGAAAGAGAAGUAAAAAAUUCAUACUAAGCAAAGCAAUCAAAUUUGAUGUGGAUCCAUUGAAGAAAUCAUACAGACCAGAGGUUAUUACUGUCCAUUAUGAUCGUGUUCAUAAUCCUGACCAUUGUUACCAUAUCAGACUUCAGUGGCUUACUACCACCAAUAAAUUCAUAGAGGACACAAUCAUGGCAUGGUCUCGAUUGUGUGAAAGACAUGGCUUGAAGUUGGUCGAAACUCCGUGGAAGGAAUUGUGUAUGAUACCAAAAUUGAGUCCAUUUCAUUCAUUUGUUGAGGUCAAAUUGGCGGUUGAUCCAUUAAAUGAUGAUGAAUUUGCCGAUCCGAGUAUUAUAAACUCAAACAGGUAUUAUUAUCAUUUGUGUUUUUUGAAAAAGAUGAACUUCUUACUAGAUAAUCGAGCCACCUCCUUCUUCCUGCGGGAUAAUAUCGAUAUAACUUACAGUUGGGGUAGACCUACAUUUCAGUAUGCACAAUUUAUACACAUGACGGGAUUCUAUAUCGUUGAAUUGAGAGAUAGUGGUGACUUCUUUUUAGCUCCUAACAACAUGCAUGUUACACGAGUUAAUUCCUCAGUAUCUCCUUCUGGAGAUUAUGAGAGUAGUUCUAGAUCAACCCACUUGGAUUCACAAAAGGUCAUGUUGAAUUUCCGAGCUGCCUGUCAAAAUGCCGAGUUUUUAAGAGAUGUGUUUCGUGAUGCUAAAUCAAGUUGGCAAGAGCAGUCAGUAUCACAAAUUACUUAG